AUGCUGCCUCCUAUGUCCACUCCCAGUGUUUUCUGGAUGCUGGUUUCCUGCCUAAUGCUCAUAUGUUUUCAAGUUCAAGGUGAAGACUCUGAGACAGAAUCACUUUCACCAAGGUUCAGCUGCCCUGAUGGUACAAUGGGCCAAGAUAAAUACUGUUAUGCUUUCUUUAUCACACCAAAAUCCUGGUUAGAAGCAUCUAUUGCCUGCCAGAAUUGGAGGCCCUCACACCUUGCUUCUGUGCGCAGUAAAAGUGAGGCAUCAUUUGUGGCCAUUGUGAUCAAUAAUAACCCAGAUAAUGAUAUGGACACCUGGAUUGGGCUCCAUGACCCAACAGAGAAAGGAAACGGAUGGCAGUGGAGUAACAAGGAUGUGAUGAGUUACACUGCCUGGGAGGAGAAUUCUUGCCCUUCAUAUGAAGGGUACUGUGGAAGAGUGACGAAAGACUCAGGAUUUAUGAAAUGGAAAGGUACAAAGUGUGAAACAAAAUUGCCCUAUGUCUGCAAGUUCAAGUCCAAUUAA